AUGAUGAAAGCUAGAGAGCUUCAUUUAGGAAAUGCAAUUGGAUCAUCGAUAGAAAGUAUCGAAGAAAAGAUCAGAAACAAUGAAAAGAAAAUGGAAGAUUUAAACAACGACAUUCGUGAAUUACAAACACAAAGGAAAGAUUUAGAAAAGAAAAUCGACCAAUUAAAUGGCAAUAUCAUUAAGUUAGAAGCAAUUCUUCGUGAUAAAGAAGCAAAAGUGGCUCGUCUGCAGAAAGAAGUCGAUGAAUUAAAUGCUAAAAUUAAAAAUUUAGAAAAAGAGCUCAAACAACUUCAACAAAGAAUCAGCGAGAUCAACGAAGAGAUCGAAGAAUUAAGUCGAGAAAUCGAAAAGAACGAAGGCAAAGUUCAAGAACUCGAACGUGAAGAAAAAACGUUGAAAAUGAAACGACAUCAAUUGGAAAAACAACUUCAUGCACAAGAAGAUGCAUUAACUGAUCGAAAAAAUGCUUUGAAUCGUUUAAAACAAAAAAUCGAUGCCGUUCAAAGUCUCCUCAAUCAGGUCGAAAGCAAACUGAACGAAUUAAACACUCAACGUGAAAACCAAAAAGCGGCAGUUGAAACACUGGAAAGUGAACGAACUCGAUUAGAAACAUUAAAUAGCAAACAGAGAAUCGAAGCGGAAAAAUUAAGUGUAAAGAAAGAAGAAGCAAUUCAACAGCGGCAAUCAGCAGAAGCUGAUCAUAAAAAAGCAGAAGAGGAUUUGGCUACAGCCAAACAAAAUCUUCGUACGGCUGAAACUCAACGUGAAAAGGCCGGCAAUUAUGAAGCCUUGAUCAAAGCUCAACUUGAUCGAGCGAUUGCUGAAGAAUUUCAAGCUAAAUCUGAAAUGAUGAUAGCAGAAUCAAAAAUGAGGAAUAAAGAACGCUGUGAAUUAGCUGUUCGAGUUAUCGGUGCUCUCAUAUCUAUCUUAGGUGGUGUUUGCAAUGCUCAUCAGCAGAACAUUGAACAUGCUCGUGCAAACGAAAAAUACGAAAGCAAAAGAAACAAGGUCAGUAAAUUGAGAGAUAAACACCUUGAAGCACAUAAUCGAACAGAAGAAGCGAGAAUGGCCUUGAUCCGUGCAACAACUGAUAAAGACAAAGCCCAACUAACUGCUACGACCAAAGCUACUGCUUACGAUAGGGCUAAAACCAAAGCUGAUAGUUUGGCUGAACAACAUCGAAAUGCCGUUCGUCAACAACAAUACACGGAGAUCAGUUAUCGAGUGACUUCAGCGAAAUUAAGCAAAGCUCAAGCGACAUUGAACAGCACCGAAACCGAAAUUCAACGUUAUGAACAAGAAAAAACCACUCAUAACAAUCAAAUCAGAGAAAUGAAUAACAGAGCCGAAGAUUUGAAAGACGACAUCACUCGACAACGGACAGUCGUUGAAGAACAUCGAAAAUCAUUGCAAGAAACAGCGAACGAAUUAUCACAAAGAACAUUGGAAUGUUCAAAUAUGAAGACGCAAUUACAAAUGCAAAAAGAUGAACGGCAAAAUCUCAAGACAACACGAGGGACUUCGGUCAAUCGAGAAAAAGCUCGGCAACGUGAAAUGACUUAUUCACGCGAAUUACUCGAAGCUGAAGAAAAAACCAUCGAUCAGUUGAAAACCGAUAUCAGAGAAAAAUAUGAAACUCUGGGCGAUUAUAAAAAGGAACUGAUCGAUGUCAACAAAAAACUGAUGGCGGUCAAAGCUGAACGAGAAACAUUGAAAGAAGACAAAAAGAAAUUUCAAGGUGACCUUGACGCAACCAAAGCUAAUUUAGUCAAAGCUGAAGCCAAACAUCGUGAAGCUCGAACAAAAUUUCAAACUCAAAGCAACAAAGUCGAAUCACUUCGUCAAAAUUAUUCGUUAACAAAACAACUACAUGAACAAAAGCAAACUCGGGUGAAGAACAUCCGAGAAAUAUUCGAUCAAAAAGGUGUUCAGAUCGAUAAAAGACGUGUCACAUGUCAAGGUUUAGUUGGUCAAAUCAAUGCAGAAAAAGCUCGACAAACUCAAGCGAGCGAAACGAUAAAAACAGCCGAAAAAAGAUUAACAAUAUUGAAAGAAAAUGUCGUCAAAGCCGAUCAAGAAAUCGUAGCAGAAGAAAAAGUUUACAAUGAAUUGAGAGAAAAACUCAGUCAUAUAGAAGGGAAUCGAGCGAAAAAUGAUCAAGACAAAGUGGACAAUCAAAAUCGAAUGGAAAAAAUCCAAGAAAAACUGCUCGAAUUGAGAGAGUGUCACGGCAAUUUGCAGAACGAACAUUGA